UGGUUUUCAGAAAGGAUGCAAGUAGCCCGAGCGGAUUUCUGUGCGGUGUUACCACGCGUCCUUUCUCUGCACAUCUUUUCCUUUCUGAAUCCAAAAGAUUUGUGUGCAGCUGCGCAAGUCAGCUGGUUCUGGAAGUUUUUAACGGAACAGGAUUGCUUAUGGAUGCCCAAAUGCAUUAAGUUUGGAUGGUUUUUGCCCUAUACUCCAACAGAUAAUGAGUUUGGGGCUUGGAAGCACCAUUAUAUUGCCUGUGUGUCCACCUUAGAUUGGCUGACACCUAGGGAAGCUGAGGCUAUUUAUGGGACACUGAAUGAACCCAAAACAGAAGAUGAAGAGCUAGCCGAGAGACAACGAGAAAAGUGCCUUAGAAGAAUAAUUUGGGGAGAAAUUGUACUAUGUAAGAAGGAGUUAUUCAAAGUUCGACCCCCUUGGGUGAGUGGAACAUGCUGCUCUAGUUUGUUAAAACCCAAAUGCCAGCCUCGCCUCGCCCAGACUGUGAGAGAACGAGUGGGAUUACACGAAGCUUUGGAGAAACAGCUUGUUUUGGCAUCGUUAGAAGCCUUGCCCAAGCAAAGCAAUAUUUUUGGAAGACAUUCCUACCCUAUGUUAUCAAAGAAAAAUUGGUGUGGAGUUUAUAAAAAUGAUGAUGGCUCUUCAUAUGCUUUCCAGCCUCAUGUCAUAUUAAUAUCAUCUCACAUUCCUGCAUAUGAGAUGGUGGUAGAAAGCGUUAAGCCAGGCGUCAUCUCUGUGGUGUACGAACACAGUGGCACAACCUUGGAGAGCCUGCUUUAUCUCCUAGAAAAAGCUCUGGAUGGGCAGAAGGCACAGAGCAUGGGAAUAUUUAGCGAUGGAGAUAGCAGGGACAUCAAUUUACUCCAAGGCUAUAAAAUUGGUAUUAAAAAUUUGCUGAGGCCUGAAGUGAGAAACUUCUGGGAGAAAUUAGGAAGCUUUGUGGCUACUGAAGAGGAAGGGGGUCAUGUGGACAUCUUUGUGCCCCUUGGAGCAUCAGAGGCAGGAAUGGAAGUUCUUUCUCAGCUGACUCAGCUAACUGGCACAUUCUUUACCGCCCCCACUGGGAUUGCAACUGGCUCUUACCAACACAUUCUCAGUGACUGGCUGGGACCCCCGUGGGGAAGGGCACCCCCUUCUCUCUACUUCACCCAGCCGAAGCUGCAGACGUGGUCCAGCCUCACGGACUUUCUGGAAGACACCUUGCGAUCGGUAAGGAAACAGCUUCGUCCUCUCUUCAAGGAGCUGCGGGAGAGCAUCAGCGGCAGGGUGAUAGGGCAGUUUGUGUUUGACACCAUGAGUAUGGCCCACAUUCUGAAUAACCGAGAAAUUGUACAAGCUCUGGCAGAUGGUCUGAUGGAGCUGUCCACAGAAGAUUCUCAAAGAAAUGUUACAGAAGACAAUUCUCAGGACACAAAGUCAAGUCUUAGCAAAAAUGAUCUAAAUCUGGAAGUGCUGGUGAAACUGGAGAGGAAACUCCAGAUGGACUCAGCAGAAAAGCGAACUAGCGUCGUCAGGGAGCUCUUACAGAGUGAAAGGAAAUACGUGCAGAUGCUGGGAAUUGUGCGAGAUGUUUAUGUGAUGCCACUGAAAGCAGCACUGUCAUCAAACAGAGCAAUUCUGAGUGCUGUAAAUAUCCAGAUCAUUUUCUCUGAUGUUCUGCAGAUUUUAAGUCUCAACAGGUGGUUUCUAGAUAACCUGAGAGACAGACUGCAGGAGUGGGGCCCUGCUCACUGCGUGGGAGACAUAGUGCUAAAGUUCGGAAGCCAGUUGAACACAUACACCAAUUUCUUCAACAAUUACCCGGUUGUUCUGAAAACUAUACAGAAGUGCAGAGAAAUGACACCAGCGUUCCGAGCUUUCCUGAAGAGGCAUGAUAAGACUAUUGUUACCCAAAUGCUGAGCCUGCCGGAGCUGCUUUUGUACCCAUCCCGAAGAUUUGAAGAAUAUAUUAGUCUUCUCUAUGCCCUGAGGCUCCACACUCCUGCAGAACAUGUGGACCGUGGGGACCUGACCACCGCAGUUAACCAAAUCAAAAACUACAAAGGUUAUAUAGAUCAGAUGAAGCAAAACAUCAGUAUGAAGGAUCAGCUGCUGGAUGUGCAGAGAAUCAUCAGGGGGUGCCCCGUUCUGUCAGAAGCUAAAAGAUAUCUGAUAAGGAUCCAAGAAGUAGCCCAACUUCACUGCUGUGAUGAGGAAAUAAGUUUCUCUUUAAGGCGCUAUGAACACAUCCGUGACCUCAGUCUUUUCCUCUUCAAUGAUGCACUGCUCAUUUCUAGUCGGGACACAUCUCUGACUCCAUUUGAAAGGACUUCAAAAACCACCUACCAGUUCAUUGCUUCAAUGACCCUUCAUAGGAUAUUUGUAGAAGAUAUUCCAGAUUCCAAGUAUGUCAAGAAUGCAUUUAUUCUUCAAGGUCCAAAACAUGAAUGGAUUUGUGCAACAGAGGCAGAGGAUGAUAAGUUCCUAUGGUUGUCAGUACUCCAAAAUGCAAUCAAAAGCAGUAUGGAGAAGUGAGACUGAACUUAAAGAAAACAUCAGGGGUGCCAAUUUUCCGUGUUCCA